CUUCUUCGUUCACUCGCCGUACAGUAGGUGGCGGUAAAACUCCAAUUGGUGUAGUCUGCCAUAAAACCCUAAAGAAGAACAAGACAACAGGAAAUUGUUGACGAGAACAGCUAGGGUCGAACAGUUCAUAUCAUACAAGAAACAGUAGCUUUCACAAUGGAUCGGGUAACUCUGGUUUUAACAUUAUAUGCCCGCUGUGUUGUAUAAAAUGUCUAGGCCUAGUUUUCAUCAUAUUUGAACUUCUACAUUGCUGUGUUCUGUUUGGAGCGGCAGGUAGCCUAGUGGUUAGAGCGUUGGGUCAGUAACCGAAUCCCCGAGCUGACCAGAUAAACAUAUGUCGUUCUGUCCCUGAACAAGGCUGUUUAACCAACUUUGUAUGUAUUAUGGAUCCCCAUUAGCUGCCAAGGCAGCAGCUACUCUUCCUGGGGUCCAGCAAAAUUAAGGAAGUAAAUACAAUCAUGUUUAGCCAGUUAUGGUAAACUGUAGCUAGUGUCGUGGAAAUAUUUGGGUAAUCACAUUUCACAAAUACUGGAGCCUGUGAGUUCAAGUAGAUUUUUUUAUUACUUCAUAAUUGUUGGUAAAAUUAUGAUUAAAUGACUGAACAAAUCAUUUUAAAUGGAACUGUAACUAAGUAAACUUAUACUCUGUUUUAUAUCUGAUUAACAAUAUGAGUUCAUAAGAUGUGAUUGUGUGACACAGACAAUGAGUAAUUAAAGUUAAUGAACACCAUUCCAACUAGGAAGAAAGAAGUGAACUGUGUAAACAGAUAAGGUCGUUAACCUAUGGUUGAACCGACGAAACUGACCUCUGGGGGUUUUAGAUAAGACAGUGAGUGCAUUCCUAGGUUUUCUGUUAAUUAGAACUGUCAUCUAAGUGGUGAUUGAUAAUGUUGAGGGGUCAAAAGUUACCUGGGAGUGUGUUGUAAGUUAGAAUGAACUUUUCACCUCACUUUGUCCCUGUCGAGAGGAGGGGUUUCUGUUAAGCAGUGAAAAGACGUCAUGUUUUGUAUAUAAACUGUUGCUCAUGGUGAAGUGGCAGCGCGCUCCGAGAAUAAAUUAUGUUACCUAUUAUUAAAAAGACUGGGCUCCGUCUAUUUUAUGCAAACAAGAAUCUUCAAAUUCUAAUAAAAUAGUUUAAGGGUUUUCAAUUAAUGAAAACACAUUAGCAUAAGUAAAUUACAGUAACAAUAAUACAAGCAGAGCUGGAAUCAUGAAAACGACUGCCUUCCAGUCUUGACACAGAAUAUUUAUACAUUUGUCCUUCUUACUUCACAUUCAUAGUAACUCCUCUUAAUGGCUUAUCACCUGUUGCAUUUAGCCACCGUUCUCAUAUUGUCUUCAUAUUAGGACAUGCAACCUGUAGAGUCACAUACAUAGUUUUAAACAUGUAGGCCCACAGCAACAGACCUUGGUGUAGCAGUAUAACUUUAGACCGUCCCCUCGCCCAUACCCGGGCGCGAACCAGGGACCCUCUGCACACAUCAACAACAGUCACCCACGAAGCAUCGUUACCCAUCGCUCCACAAAAGCCGCGGCCCUUGCAGAGCAAGGGGAACUACUACUUCAAGGUCUCAGAGCCAGUGACGUCACCGAUUGAAACGCUAUUUGGCGUGCACCGCUAACUAAGCUAGCCGUUUCACAUCCGUUACAUUGGCACUCUAUAGGAUUAACCAAUACAUGACAUCCUGCUGACUCUACUGAAAGGGGAACCCCUGUUCUGGGAAAAACCCAAGAGGUGUAACCAUAGUUGGCCAUAACAGUUACAAGAAUAACCAUGCGCUUGUCUAAUGGUGUCCAAAGACAGAGAGCACAUAGAUGCACUAGUUUUGCUGGCUCCUUCUGAAAUAAAUAAUUGCCACAUAUGUACUGAACAAUUCACAAUACUAGCUACCUGAUAGGAGUGCUGGUGUUGGAUUUUCCAGUUCCUAUACUGUUUUCUUAGAAGUAGUAAGCAGAAUCGAUAUGGAUAUGUACUUAACCAUUAGUAUAUGUGUAAGCAGAACCAAUGUGUAUGUGCCACCUGAGUCAAUAUGCACCUCUAUUAUGGGCGGCAGGUAGCCUCUAUGAGUGCGGUAUGGAGCGGCAGGUAGCCUAGUGGUUACAGCGUUGGGCCAGUAACCGAAAGGUUGCUAGGUCGAAUCCCCGAGCUGACAAGGUAAAAAAUCUGUCAUUGUUCCUAGGCUGCCAUUGUAAAUAAGAAUAUCUAAUUUGCCUAGUUAAAUUAAGAUUACAUAAAGAAAUGGACCAGCUUGGCUUUGUGCCAAGCCAUGUAAUAAAAUCUAUAUAAAUGUAAUGUUCCGGUAUCCUCGACGCUAGCUGGGUACGUUAGCUUACUAGGUACAUUGAUAGCUUUAGGUUGGUUGUUUUUAUGUUAAACUUCAAGAUUUACACCAAGGACGUUGCCUCUCGGAUCAUCACUCUCCCUCGCUUGGGCAAGGGACAUUUAAGGCACUCUGAUGUAAAACGCAAUUCAAGGGUUGAGGGUUUAGCCGAAGGCUGUUGAGUUUGAAACGCAGCUGGAAGGCAAUCAGGAAGAUGCAAGAUCAGGACAAAGCUAGCCUGUCCCCCUCCACCCUCCAGGAGUCCCCAGGUCGACUGCCUCUCCGUACUCUACUGCUGGUUCUGGUCGACUGCAGGAAAACACUGGGGCAGAGUGGAACUGAGAGAGGAGAAGGAGAAGAGGAACAUGGAGAUAUGAUUUCAUUAAGGGACAUCCCUAAUCGUUGCUCUCUAAGUGGGAGGGGCUUAUCAUCUGGGGAGCCUCAACAACAUCAUGAUGCUGACAAGAAAGAGAAGAGUCUCUCCAGAUCAGAACACCUCAAACACCGGCAUAGAGGUACAGGGAAGAAACAUCACCACUGCUCUGUCUGUGGGAAGAGUUUUGCUAAACAAGACUUGACUAUUCAUGAGCAAAUUCACACCGGAGAGAAACCGUUCCACUGCUCUCAGUGCGGGAAGAGUUUCACUGCAUCUAAAACUUUAAAAUCUCAUCAGAGAAUUCAUACAGGAGAGAGGCCUUCCCCCUACUCUGGUUGUGAGAAAUGCUUCAAACAAUCAGGAUUCCAGACUACACAAAAACACACAGGACCGCCUUAUAGCUGUGAUCAGUGUGGGAAGAGAUUCAAUCAAUUAGUACACCUGACUAUACACCAGCGCAUACACACAGGAGAGAAGCCUUAUAGCUGUGAUCAGUGUGGGAAGAGCUUCAAUCAUUCAGGAUCCCUGACUCUACACCAACGCAUACACACAGGAGAGAAGCCUUAUAGCUGUGAUCAGUGUGGGAAGAGCUUCAAUCAAUCAGGAUCCCUGACUCUACACCAACGCAUACACACAGGAGAGAAGCCUUAUAGCUGUGAUCAGUGUGGGAAGAGCUUCAAUCAUUCAGGAAACCUGACUACACACCAACUCAUACACACAGGAGCGAAGCCUUAUAACUGUGAUCAUUGUGGAAAGAGCUUCAGUCGAUCAGGAGACCUGAUCAAACACCAACGCAUACACACAGAAGAGAAGCCUUAUAGCUGUGAUCAGUGUGGGAAGAACUUCAAUCAAUCAGGACACCUGACUGCACACCAACGCAUACACACAGGAGAGAAGCCUUAUAGCUGUGAUCAGUGUGGGAAGAGCUUCAGUCAAUCAGGAUCCCUGACUACACACCAACUCAUACACACAGGAGAGAAGCCUUAUAGAUGUGAUCAGUGUGGGAAGAGUUUUGCUCGUUCAGGGUCACUGAUAAAACACCAGAAAGCACAAACAUGUUUUCUUUCAUCUCCCUUCUCUCUGGCACCGGUUCCAGAUCCCUAAAUAAAGUUUAAAUAGAAAACAUCUUGUAAACAGUCAUCUAUAUCCCAUUUUCUAACACUUUAGUAUGUCUGAUUGCCAUGGUAACAUAUGUAGCAUAAUAUGCAGCUCUGGAUCCAUAUGUUACAAGCGUCUUGGAGUAGAAGUGCUGUGUGUGUGGUGGGAUGGGGGAGGACGUGUUCAGAGCUAUCUUUUAAUUUAUGAACUCAUAUUAUCCAUUAAAUAAUGUAUAAUAAAAAAGUUUCACCAAUGGUAGGUGUAUAUUCAUGUGUGGGGGAAAUGUUAUCUGAAGAGAGAGUCUUGAAUUGUACAUCAUGUCUCAUACAGUCAUUGGUUCCUGUAGGUGCUGGGUAGAGAUAUGAGGGGGAGACGGUCAUGACCCCCUCAGACCUUUUGGCAGAACGCUCAGAAUAUGUUCUAUAAUUUACAUGCAGGAACCAAAUGUUAAUGAUGAAUAAUGUAAAUCAUGCAAAUAUAACUUGUCUGUGUUACCAGUAUAUAAGAGGACUAACGGGACUGCCCCGAAAGAGCUCCUGACCGUAAGUUUGUUGGAAUCUCUCCAGCUGGCUGAUAAUAAAUAAUUAUUAAUUUAA